AUGUCGCGCAUGAUUUUCGGGAAGCUGGCGCUAAGCAGCACCUUGCUGUGGUCUUUUGGGGAGGCCUGCACCAUCAUUGCCGUUGGCAAGGACGCAAGCGCCACGGGCUAUCCCAUGGUCUCUCAUAGCGACGACAGUGGCCCAAGCACCACGGACGUGCGCCUGGUGCGGGUGCCGAGGAAGAAGUGGCCGAAAGGUUCCGUGCGGAAGCUCUACGAAUGGCGCAGCCCGUACCCGCGCCUCGUGAGCUCUCACAUGGCGCCCGCGUACCAUCCGGUGGAGGGGCAGCAGGAGUUCGAGGUCAUCGGUGAGAUCCCGCAGGUGGAAGAAACAUGGGGCUACUGGGACACGGACUAUGGCAUGCAGAACGAGUGGGGCCUCUCAAUCGGCGAGAGCACGGCCACGGCCAUGACGGUAGGCUGGGCAGCGACCAAGGACAAGCCUUGGGGCAAGAACCGCGUGGGCAUCGAAGACCUUACGAAGUUGGCCAUGGAGCGCUGCAAGACAGCCAGGUGCGCGGUGCAGAUGAUGGGCGACAUCGCCGUGGAGCAGGGGUUCUACAGUGCCGACUCGGGGAGUCCCGACGCACCUGCUUAUGGAGGCAGCUCCGAGGCCCUGGUCCUGGUGGAUGCGGAGCCAGGGGACAUGUGGGUCUUCAACGUGCUCACGGGCAAGCAGAAUGCCUCGGCCAUCUGGGCGGCGCAGCGCUUGCCCAGCGACCAUGUGGCGGCGGUGGGAAAUUCCUUCACCAUCCGCAGCCUGGACCUGAAGGAUCCGGAGAACAACCUCUUCAGCCCAAAGGUGACGGAGCUCGCGGAGGAGAUGGGAUGGUGGAGCCCGAAGGAUGCGAAGUUCGAGGGCGACUUCGACUUCUUCGGUGCCUACGGCUACCAGCCCUACGAGUACAACACGGCCCCAGGACAGGUGGAGAGCACCAAGAACCUGCUGAGCUUCUAUAGCGGCCGCCGCAUGUGGCGUGUCUUUAGCCUGCUCAGCCCGGAGGAAGGGGGGAAGUUGGACCCGGAGCUCGGGAACCUGCCCAAGACGAAGAACCCCUAUCCACCCUCGGUGAGGGCUCCCAAGCAGACGGUGACGCGCGGCAUGGUCAUGAACGCGCUGCGCGACCACUACGAGGGCACCCCCUAUGACCUCACCAAAGGCAUGGCGGCAGGUCCCCACGGCACGCCCAACCGCGGACCUGUUCAUGGCCUCACAGGCCAGUGGGAACGUGCCAUCUCCAUGUUCCGCACCGGCUACUCCUACGUCCUGGAACCUCGGCCCCGUCGGCGCAGCCGCACCUGGUUCGGCUACGACGCAGCGCACGGCACCGUGUGGCUGCCGUUCUACGGAGCCUCAGAGAUCCCGGCACCGGAGAUGUACAGCGCCCACGGCCUGAACAUGUCCACCUUCAACACCCAGGCCAGCUUGCCCUGCAUGGGCUAA